AUGGCUCCACCCAAACGAGGGCGAAGAAGAAACGGAAAGAACAAUGACGAUAGCCCAGCGCCGCCCCAGCCCCCAUCCCCCAUCGUAACGCGUCGAUCUACGCGUCACACUCCGAACUCAGCACCUCCCGUCCCACCGUCCACAACAGCCCCUGCUGCGACGUCGACGGCUGCGGAAUCGACAUCCAUCUUGACCUCCGAACAUCCCACGUCGAAACCUAAACGCGGACGUCCUCCCGCAUCGGCGACGGCGACGGAACCGAUGGCCACAACGGUGGCUGCUCCCGUGGCGCCAAAGACUGGCACUUCGGCUUCGAGCUCGUCUGUGCCGAUUAGGCAUGUGCAGACGACUCUGAAGUGGCCGAACGGCGGCCCCCGCGCUGAUGCCACGAAUGUGAAGGCCACCAAAGUAGCGAAAGGAAAUAAAGCGACCAAUGGCUCGCACAUGGCGACGAAAGAGAACGUGAAGCCCACUCAAGAUGCGGCUCCUUCCAUCCCCUCUGCUGCACAGCGCACUACGAAAUCCUCGACGGCGACGGCCGAAUCGACGAAACACCAACCCCCCAAAUCCGCGACUCGAAAACAGACAUCCUCCUCCUCGACCUCGAAGGAACCCUCCAAAACUCUCGGAAAAUCCGCAACACCCACCGUUGAGCGCAACAUCGACAAAGUCGUCCUCGGUAACAUUUGCUUCCGCACCUGGUACCCAUCCUACUACGGCAAGGACGUCCUCGGCGAGACGGCCUCUGCCGGUCGCCCCGACGCAUCCACGGCGGCGGGACCGAGCAAGAGCCACGCGCGACGUGACCGAGACGCUUCUCCCGUGCUCGACCGGUUGUACGUGUGUCCCUGCUGCUUCAAGUACUCCAAGGAGCUCGUAACGUGGUGGGAGCACGUGCGCGUGUGCGAGAGCAAGGGCUUUAUUCCUGGACGAAAGAUUUACGCGCAUCCGAAGAUGACGAGGACAGUGCUUGUGCCAGUCGAGACGAAUGGCAAGGCGCCUAAGAGGCGUCGGGGAGAUGCUGGCCCUGUUUCUGUGCCGCAGACGGUGCAGGAUGAGGGAGAGUGGAGUGUCUGGGAGGUAGAUGGUGAAAAGGACGUGCUCUUUUGCCAGAAUCUCUCCCUCUUUGCUAAGCUAUUCCUCGACAACAAAUCCGUCUUCUUCGACGUCACAGGCUUCAACUACUUCCUCCUCGUCUACUCCAAACCCGUCGCCCCCGUCGGUCGUCCCAACGGCCCCGCGACCAUGAAACACCACAUCUGCGGCUUCUUCUCCAAGGAGAAGCUUUCCUGGGACAACAACAACCUUGCCUGCAUCCUUGUCUUCCCGCCCUGGCAACGCAAGGGCCUUGGUUCGCUGCUCAUGGGCGUAUCGUAUGAGAUCGCCCGGCACGAGGGGAUCCUUGGUGGGCCUGAGAAGCCUAUUUCGGAGCUUGGUAGGAAGGGAUAUCGGCGGUUUUGGUCUGGGGAGAUUGCGCGGUGGAUUUUGAGCCUUGAUACGAGUGGUGGCUCGGCGUCGAGCGCAUCUCCUUCUGAUAAGAAGCGGAAGGGUGCUGAUGAUGAGAGCGGCGAGCGAGAGGGUGAAGAGGUGAUUAUUGAUAUUGCUGAUUGUAGCAAGGCUACGUGGAUCACCCCGGAGGACUGUCUAGGUGUCCUUCGUGAUAUGGGCGUCGUUGAGGAUGCUGGUAUCGGACCAGGCAAACCUCCCGCUCCCGUGCCUUCCCCCGACGAUGCCGCUGCCGUGGAGGAAGAAGAAGAUGGUGACGAUGUGGACGGACAGGCAGAGAAGAAGGACGGUGAAGCGUCCAAGGAUAAGGAGACGGCGUCCAAGGAGGAUGGCGACGUCCAACCCGAACCCAAGAUGGUGCCGAGGGUGAGGAUCACCAAAGAUGCCGUGAGGGCCUGGGUGGUGGCGCAGAGGAUUAACCUGACGAGGCCUUGCGAUCCAAGUGGAUUCGUUCCGCACUAUCUUGAGGAGUUGAAGGCGCGGAGGGUGAGUGUUGAUGCGGAGGAGGUGGCUGUUUGA